AUGACAGUCUCAAGAUUCUCGACAGGAUUUGUAAAGAAUAUGGAGUAUUUCCUUUGAAAACAAAGCCUUUUAUUGAAGCUGUCUUGCUACAAUGAUUAGCACAAGCACAAGGAAACCUAUACAAGUAUCAAAAAGCCGCUCGAUUCAAACGGGCGAGACAAUUUAUCAACUUGAUCAGAGAAACAGUACGACGCAUACGAGCGAAGAUUUGUCAAGCCAACAUGUUUUGCCUCCAUUGAAGACCGCCACAAAAACGGUGAAACAGCCAUCGCACGAAUCGAACAACACUCUCCCUCACUUAGCAGGCGUUCAAGUACAACAACUGUUUGAGGAGGAGACGAAUCAUCGCGGCAGAGUUGAAGGAAACGCGAAUACAAUUGCAUCACGAGCAACGUCCAAUUCGCAUAAUUCAACGCCGGCCGAGGACAUAAAAAACCGAAACAAUAACAAUACGGAUAGGAAAGCCAGUGCUGAAUCGACUGGAAGAGGAAGGUCGAUACCCAUGAGUCCAGAAAAGGCAAUGAAAGUGUUCAUGAACAAACUAACACCAUUUGAACAUCACGAAAUCUUCAACUAUCCGCAAGUAUAUUUUACGGGACCAAAUGCUAAGAAACGGCAAGGUGUGAUAGGAGGGGCAAAUAAUGGCAGUUUUGACGAUGAACAAGGUUCGUACGUACAUGUUCCUCACGAUCACGUAGCUUAUCGGUACGAAGUUUUGAAGAUUAUUGGAAAAGGAAGUUUUGGACAAGUUGUCAAGGUAUACGAUCACAAAACACACACGUACGUUGCGCUAAAAAUGGUCCGAAACGAGAAACGUUUUCAUAGACAAGCGGCAGAAGAGAUACGUAUUUUGGAACAUUUGAAAAAGCAAGAUAAGGAAAAUAGUUAUAACAUUAUUCAUAUGCUAGAAAGCUUUCAGUUUCGAAAUCAUAUAUGCAUUACGUUCGAGUUGCUAAGCAUGAAUCUCUACGAGCUUGUAAAAAAGAACAAAUUCCAGGGUUUCAGUUUACAACUAGUACGAAAGUUUGCGCACUCCAUAUUACAGUGUCUGGACGCAUUGCACAAGAACCGAAUCAUUCACUGUGACAUGAAACCGGAAAAUAUACUGUUAAAACAGCAAGGAAGAAGUGGAAUUAAGGUAAUAGACUUCGGUUCCAGCUGCUAUGAACAUCAGAGGAUAUACACGUAUAUACAGAGUCGUUUUUAUCGUGCACCCGAGGUCAUAUUAGGCGCUAAAUAUGGAAUGCAAAUUGACGUUUGGAGUUUUGGAUGUAUUCUAGCAGAAUUAUUGACAGGCUAUCCUCUAUUUCCCGGUGAAGACGAAAGCGAUCAGUUGGCAUGUAUCAUGGAACUAUUAGGUAUGCCCCCAGCUCGUUUUAUUGAGCCACAAACGUCAAAACGUGCGAAGAAUUUUUUCAGUUCCAAAGGACAUCCGCGAUAUUGUACCGUCACUACGCUCCCAGACGGAGAGACGGUUUUGAAUGGCGGUCGUUCAAGACACGGCAAACUUCGUGGUCCGCCACACUCUAAAAGUUGGAUUACGGCGCUCAAAGGAUGCGAUGAUCCCCUUUUCAUCGAUUUUUUAAAAAAAUGUCUGGAAUGGGAACCAUCGCAGCGCAUGACACCUUCACAAGCCUUACGACAUUCUUGGCUUCGAAGGCGUUUGCCACGUGCUCCUGACAACUCGUCCAACUUUAAAGCAAAUCCACCAGCCUCGGGUGAUAAGAAACAUCCGCGUCUGCUAUCUGGCUCUACCAAACUCCCGCCAACCAUACCCACAUCGGCGAAAACCAAAGCAAAGAAACCGAAUGAAAGUAUAACCGAAACGAGUCGUACAGUAUUACCAAAAAUAGUUGGCAGAUGAUAAAUAAUUUUACCCAAAUAUGAAAGUACCUAAUAUCCUGAGACUUAGAUCCCACAAUUAAAAAGUGAAAACUUCUAUUUUUGAAAAGGAUGCGAUCAUCGAAUGUCGCUUUUGUUGACUGGAGAGAACAAAUGAUUUUUUAUGAAAAGGAUAAUAUUUUUGUACAUAUAAGCAACUGUGUGUGUAUAUAUAUUAUAUACAUAUAUUAAUGUACAUAUAUGUACAAUGAAAAUACCAAAUUUAUGUUUCCUGUACAUAUGAAAUAUUGUAUAGAAGUAUGAAGGAAUGUUGAAUCCGAUUUAAAGACAGUCGGCUUGUUGCAUUCAUAUCAAAUUGGAUAUUGUUUUCACGAACAA